CAGAAGCUAUUUCUUUUCAUGACCACCUCUUGUGCUAAAAACAUGGACCAAGAUGGUGCAGAAUAUAUGGCCUCCCCUGAAAGUGCAACAGAAGAGCUUCAUGCAGUUAUAGAGUUGGGUAGUAUUGACUCACAAAGACUAAUUGAUGGAGUAGGACAGAGAACACAACCACCUUUGAAAUCACUCUCUUCUGCUCAAAUGGAGUCCCUCUCUGCCUUGUGCGACACCUUCUUACCAUCCAUCAAUGUCUCCAAUGGCACCACCAUUGAUGAUGACUCACUUGCUACAUUUUAUCGAACUUCUGCCACCAUGGCCGGAACUCAACACCGGGUUGAAGAGUUGAUUAUGGUGAAAUUGCAACAUCCAAAGCUUUUUUUGAUGAGAUUAACAUUGUGGUUCUUGUCAACAUGGAUUGGGACAUUGAUACUAUGUGGAAGAGCAAGCUUGUCAAGCCAUUUUCCAUACUUUCAAAGGUUCUCAAAGGUUUCACAGCAGAAGAGAGAAGAGAUAGUGCAUUCAUGGUCUGUGAGCUUUAUCUAUUUGCUAAGAAUGUUCUUCUUAAGCGCGAAGUUUCUCAUUCUACUCACUUUCUUUACUCAGAUAAAUGACGAGGAUGAGAACCUGUCAUGGAAAGCAAUUGGCUACUGUGGACCAGACCCAGAUUUCAAAAUGCGAACUAAAAAAAACAAAACACUGAACGAAAUGGGAUAUCUAACGUCAGAAGAUCAAGGAAAAGAAAAGGAUGUUGAUAAAGAAGAGCUCUUUGGACCUCUUUACAAAGGCCUCAUUCAUCUAAAUAACCCGCGACAAAUCAUUGCAGAAACUCUCCGACGAUCAGGCUUUCAAGUCUCAAUUCCCCAUCAGAAAAACACAAAACCAAAUUCACUCACUCCAUCUUUGAUUAUCAAAUGUGAUGCAGUCGUAGUUGGUUCUGGCUCAGGCGGUGGGGUUAUUGCUGGCGUUCUAGCAAAAGCUGGUUACAAAGUGCUUGUCUUAGAGCAAGGGAAGUACUAUGCCAGAAGCAAGCUUUCACUUCUUGAAGGACCCACUAUGGAUCAAAUGUAUAUGGGAAAUGGAUUGCUAGCAACUGACGAUAUGGGUGUCGUAGUACUUGCAGGUUCCACCGUAGGUGGAGGUUCCACAGUAAAUUGGUCAGCUUCGAUUCGUACUCCCCAGCAUGUACUCAAGGAAUGGUCUGAACAAUGUGAACUAGAAUUAUUUGAUAGUAUAUUAUACAAAGAAGCUUUGAAUGUUGUCUGUGAAAAAAUGGGAGUUCAAAAUGAAGUUAAAGAUGAAGGAUUCCACAAUGCAGUUUUAAGAAGUGGGUGUCACGAAUUGGGUUAUCCUGUGAAUACUAUCCCUCGAAAUUCACAGGCAAAUCAUUAUUGUGGUUGGUGUUGCUUUGGCUGCAAAGACGGAAGAAAAAAAGGUACCUCAGAGACAUGGCUACUGGACUUGGUGAAUUCGGGCAAUGGUGCAAUUCUUCCAUCGUGCCAAGCAACAAAAGUCCUGCAUAAACGAAAGAAAGGAAGAGAUAGAAGCACUACGACUGGAGUUGCUUUUGAAUUCCAAUACAAAGGUUUUAAAGAAGUUUGCAUCGUGGAGUCGAAGGUGACUGUUGUUGCUUGUGGCGCUCUCAGUACUCCUUCACUAUUGAAAAGAAGUGGCUUGAAAAAUCCAAACAUUGGCAAGAACCUACAUCUCCAUCCAGUAACAAUGGCAUGGGGCUACUUUCCAGACAAUCCUUUGCCCAAUACAUGGCCAGAAGUGGACAAAAAGAGUUAUGAAGGGGGGAUAAUGACAGCAAUGUCAACAGUUGUUGGUAACUUUAGUAAGUCCGGCUAUGGUGCUGUGAUUCAGACACCUGCAUUGCACCCUGGUAUGUUCUCAGUUUUAAUGCCAUGGGUUUCUGGUAUUGAUAUAAAAAUGCGAAUGUGCAAGUUCUCAAGGACUGCCCACAUAUUUGCACUAGCAAGAGAUAAAGGAUCAGGAGAGGUGGUUUCACCAAGCUCAAUCAGUUAUCGGAUGGACAAAAUUGACGAAGAGAAUUUAAAGAGAGGACUAGAGAAGGUUCUAAGGAUAUUGGCAGCAGCUGGAGCUGAAGAAAUUGGAACCCAUCAUUGUAAUGGGAAGACCUUAAAUGUAAAACAAGUGAGUUCACAUGAGUUUGAGAAGUUUGUGAAAAAGGAGAGUUCCAGGUCAUUGAGAAACCUAUUGACACCAAUAUGUUCAGCACAUCAAAUGGGGAGUUGCCGAAUGGGGGUUGACCCCAAGGGCUCAGCCGUGAACCAGAUGGGGGAGACAUGGGAGGUAGAGGGACUGUAUGUGGCAGAUUCCAGUGUCUUUCCCACAGCUUUGGGUGUGAAUCCAAUGGUAACUGUUCAGGCAAUUGCUUAUUGCACUGCACAAUCUGUUCUCGAAGUUCUUAGGAGGAAGAAGAAUCUAUAGAAAAAAACUUUCUUAAGCUUGAGAAGCAAGAGUUUUCAUUAAAAACUAGUAAGGUCAGCACGUGCAAUGCACAGGUCUUCUUUUUUUCUUUUUUCUUUUUUCAAUUAUUAAUAUUAUGUUUGAAUUCUACAAUAAGAUCAAGACGAUUUUAUAUUUGUUUUAUCCAUGUGGAAUCAUUAAAUUUGAUCCAAUAAGCAUAAGAAAGUUUUAUUACAUAUUA